AUGUCCCCAUGGUCCUACUAUGUGGAUGGUGUGAGCAAAGAGGUCGUUCAGGACAGUUCAGUACUGCCUGUUUUUUGUGGAUGCAGGUUCCUGGAUACCCCUCAGGUUCAUAGCUGUAUAGCUCUACACGAAGCCCAGGUUGAUGGGUCUGAGAGACAGCUCCUGUCCCCAGAGUGUGAAUGUGCCACAGGGACUACUAAAGAUGUAGCAGAAGAAUCCGUAUCAGAUGACGACAAAAGGAGGAACUAUGGUGGUGUGUAUGUUGGCCUGCCAUCGGAUGCAGCUGCGAUGGUUUCCAGUCAGACGAAAGCUGCACCAAAAGAUUUCAUACAACAAAAUGCUGCUGUCACAUACAUACACCACAGAGUUUAGUCACUGAGUGGUGCUUCCAAAAUUUGCUGCAAAACGAAAAAAUGAAGAAAAAUAACGCUAUUAACCAUAAUAAUAGGAGCUGGUUUUGGAACAGUAGUACCUUUGUUGCACUUUUUUUUUAAAUGGUGUUCUGAAUUAGUGGUGUGUUACAAUGUUUUAACUGUCUUUACCUUUUGUUUUCUAAUUAAGAUUAGAAGGAAAUAAACACAUCAAGAUCCAAACAGC